AUGCCCAAAGACCUGCCUAUCUUCCGCGGAGAUCCGGACGACUGGCCACUCUUUCUCUCGGCGUAUAAUAACUUCACUAACGCUUGCGGGUAUACCAACGUGGAAAAUCUAGCGCGGCUUCAGAAAGCGGUGAUGUCUACACUAUACAUGUUCUACGGAAGGCCCGAGGUUCUAAUUCAGACGCUAUUGGACAAGCUGCGCGAAACGCCGUCCCCAAAGGCAGACAGAUUAGAAACGCUGAUCAACUUCGGUAUGGCCGUACAGAACCUUUGCGAUCAUAUUGAGGCAUCUGGUCAAUUGGCUCAUCUUUACAACCCCGUCCUGUUGCGGGAACUGGUCGAGAAACUCCCUACACAACAACGUCUCAAUUGGGCUUUUUUCAAGCAGCAGUUUGCGGAAGUGGACCUCCGCGCCUUCGCGGCCUAUAUGUCAGUGCUCGUAGCAGCGGCAUCUGAGGUCACAGUCGUCUCAGAAUCAAAACGUCGAGAUCGCAACAGUGAUAAGAGCUACCUCAAUGCACAUUCGGUUAGCGAUCAAGCAACGGCGACCGACAAUCUCGAAGUAGAGCAGACAAAGAACGAGGUUCGUGACAUAGUCUGCUUAGCCUGUAAUGGAAGUUGUCACAAGGUGAAAGACUGCAUUUCGUUCAAGAAGUGGGAUUCUAAUGCUCGGUGGGAACUGGUUAAGGAUAACCACCUGUGCCGGACAUGCCUGGGCAAACAUGGUCGCCGCCCUUGCAGGAUGCAGUCACGAUGUGGGGUGGACGGCUGCCAAGAACGUCACCAUCAGCUGUUGCAUACACGUACACCAACAGCUGCUCAAUCGAAGCACCAAACAUCACCGAAGGAAAUCCACAAACCUCCUCAAGACAACGAACGGCAGGAAGAUGGGCUGAGCGCGCACCAUGCAACCAAGAAGUCCACCCUAUUCCGGAUCCUUCCGGUAACGCUGUCCUGGCAAGGAAAGUCGAUUGACACGUUCGCGUUUCUAGAUGACGGGUCCGAUUUGACGCUGGUGGAGCACUCAAUUGCAGAACAACUCGGUAUUGACGAUGGUGAGCAGAUCCCGUUGUGUUUAUCCUGGACCAGCAACGUGACGAGGCAGGAACCACAGUCCCUGCGCAUCUGCCUGGAGGUAUCGGGCAAGGACAAGAAGGGACAGUUUACGUUGAGCGAUACAAGAACAGUUGCUAGUUUGGACUUGCCGAAACAGACUUUGAGGUAUGCAGAUCUGGCGCGGCAGUACCCGUACUUGCGAGGUCUCCCGGUUAGCAGUUACGAAGCGGCCUCACCUGGCAUCCUGAUCGGCUCAAACAACGCUGGACUAAUCGCCACACUGAGCUUGCGCGAAGGACAACUCGGCGAACCUCUAGCCAGCAAAACACGGCUAGGCUGGACCGUAUACGGAUGCAGUGACGCCGGACUAAAGACGACGAACUACACUCUGCAUGUCCUGCAAAGCAUCGGCGUAUCGGCAGAGAAGGGACCAGAAUCAGAGGAAGACAAGCGUGCUCGGAACAUCCUGGAGGCGACAACUAAGCGCGUAUCCAACAGGUUCGAAACUGGGCUGUUGUGGCGACACGAUGACGUCAAGUUCCCCAACAGUUUUCCCAUGGCAAUGCGCCGUCUGGAAUGCUUUGAACGGAGGUUGGCAAAAGAUCCUGAACUUAAGUCAAGCGUGGAACGACAAAUCAGAGAAUACCUGGACAACAAGUACAUCCACGAGGUGACGCCGGAUGAGAUGAAAUCAGCCGACCCCAAUAAAGUGUGGCAUUUACCGUUGGGUGCCGUUCGGAACCCAAAGAAGCCCGGGAAAAUCAGACUUGUGUGGGACGCCGCUGCGAAAGUGGGGAACGUUUCGCUUAACUCAAUGCUCCUCAAGGGACCAGAUCAACUGAAGCCUCUUGCUUCCGUGCUUUGUGGCUUUCGUGAGCGUCCGGUGGCCGUGUGCGGCGACCUUAAACAAAUGUUCCAUCAGUUCAGAAUUCGCCAAGACGAUGUACAAAGCCAACGGUUCCUCUACCGCGAUAAUCCCUCGGAAGAGGUCAAGACGUUCGCAAUGGAUGUGGGCAGCUUCGGGGCCACCUGCUCUCCCUGCCAAGCUCAGUACAUCAAAAACCUCAAUGCUACGGAGCACGCCGCGGAGUUCCCGGAAGCGGCCAAAGCAAUCGUGGACAAGCAUUAUGUGGACGAUUACCUCGACAGCUUUGACUCCGAAGCCGAGGCGAUCAAGGUAGCACUGGAGGUGAAGGAAGUACAUACUCGGGGCGGGUUUGAGAUUAGAAACUGGCACUCGAACUCGAACGCGCUUCUCGAACGGGUCGGGGAGCCGAAGCAGGCACAAUCCACGGUCAUCAGUAUCGACGCGGAGAGCGAAGCCGAACGGGUUCUGGGACUCUUGUGGCUGCCAGAAGAAGAUGUCCUCGCCUUCGCUACGCAGUUGCAGCUGGACGGAAACCCACCUACGAAGCGGAACAUCCUCCGCUGCGUCAUGAGCCUGUUCGACUCCCAAGGAAUAUUGUCCCACAUCACCAUACAAGGUCGGAUGAUUAUCCAGGACACGUGGCGCAACAAAACGAAGUGGGACGACGAAGUUAUCGAAGCCAUCCGUAUACGCUGGCUUAGAUGGACUAAGUUGUUUAAAAGGGUCGGCGAAAUGAAGCUACACCGUGCAUACUUUCCCGGAUUCUCCGCUGCAGAAGUCGGCUCAGUCGAAUUGCACGUCUUCACAGACGCGAGUGAAGAGGCGUACGCCUGUACGGCCUACUUCCGGGUGGUCAUCAAUGGCAAAGUUUACGUUACACUGGCUAUGGCCAAAGCGAAGGUUGCCCCCCUCAAGGCGUUGUCAGUGCCUCGGCUGGAACUAAUGGGUGCACUGUUAGGAGCUCGGUUGGCCAAGGCAGUCAUGGAAUACCACACCUAUCCGAUCUGCCGCCGCGUCUUCUGGACCGAUUCCAAAACCACGCUAGCCUGGAUCAAUUCCCACCAUCGACGAUACCGCCAGUUCGUAGCCUUCAGGGUAGGAGAGAUACUGAGUAAGACCGACUCAAUUGAGUGGCGGUACGUUCCCACGCUGCACAACCCGGCCGACGAAGCAACCAAAUGGGGAAAAGGACCUAGCACCGAUGUCCAAUCUCGCUGGUUCCAGGGACCCGACUUUCUGUACCUGCCAAAGGCAGAAUGGCCGGCGCAGGCAACAUCGCAGCUGUUAGAGACGGAAGAAGAACUACGACCUUGUCUGGUUCAUAAAAAACAACAAGCGGAAGACAUCUUCGAGAUCAACAACUUCUCUCAGGAACUGCAUCCGCAAGAAACAUCAACAACGCCUGGUGACGGGAUGGCUCAAAAGGAAGAGCUACAGAAAGCAGAGAACAGUCUCUGGCGCAUCGCUCAAGAGUCGACCUACCCGGACGAAAUAGUUAUUUUGAAACAAGGCAACGCGCGACCGAAGAAGGCCAUCGAGAAAACUAGUCCGGUCUACAAGCUAACACCUUUCCUGGACGAAAACGAUGUAAUGCGCGUUGACAGUCGGAUCGGAAUAGUCCCGUUCGUCACCUUCGACUUCAAAUUUCCAAUUAUUCUACCGCGACACCACCCCCUCACCAAGCUGGUCAUCGACUGGUACCAUCGUCGAUACCUACAUGCGAAUCACAAGACUGUACAUAACGAGGUGCGCCAACGGUUUCAUAUCGCCAAACUGUACACCACGAUUCUUCAAGUCGCAAAAGCUUGCCAGACCUGUAAGAACAACACGGUGACACCGGCCACUCCCCGCAUGGCCCCCCUACCAGAGUCACGUCUCGCCGCAAUGGUGCGCCCUUUCUCGUACGUCGGCCUAGACUAUUUCGGUCCCAUUUCCGUCCGGGUUGGCAGAUGCUGCGUCAAACGGUGGGUCGCACUCUUUACCUGCCUCACAGUGAGAGCAGUACACCUGGAAGUCGUACAUUCUCUUUCCACGGAAUCGUGUAAGAUGGCCGUGCGACGAUUUGUUGGGCGCCGCGGAUCACCGGUGGAAAUACAUUCGGACAACGGGACAAAUUUCCAGGGAGCUAGCAGGGAGCUGAAGGAAGAAAUCGCAACUAUCGGCCAGGGACUAGCGGCAAUCUUCACCAACUCAAACACCAAAUGGAUUUUCAUCCCGCCGUCCGCGCCACACUUUGGUGGCUCGUGGGAGCGAUUAGUGAGAUCAGUUAAAGUCGCGCUUCGUUCCUUAUGUAGCGACCGUAACCCGAACGACGAGACGCUGCUGACCGUCGUGGCUGAAGCAGAAUCAAUAGUUAACUCUAGACCUCUAACUUCUAUCCCUCUGGAAAGCGCCGACGAAGAAGCACUCACUCCGAACCAUUUUUUGCUGCUCAGCUCGAGUGGAGUGGCUCAACCCCCCCGUGUACUCUCGGAGCCAACGAAGACAACGCGUUCGAAUUGGAACCUGGCCCGCCAACUGGUGGACAACUUCUGGCGUCGAUGGAUCAGCGAGUACCUUCCUACGAUCGCCAACCGGACGAAGUGGCACAGCGAAGCAAAAGCAAUCAAGGUAGACGAUCAAGUGCUUGUCGUCAACGAUGGUCACAGUCCAGACUACUACGGGAGUACUACGGCGACCUGUAUCAAAACUGGCAGUGCUGGACAUUAA